GUUUGCGUUAUAUUAUAUCAGCUUUGUUCAGGUUUUGAAACUGCUUGCGAACUACAGUUGCUAGUUGCUCGUUUCAUUUUUUACAUUGAUAGCAACAAGAAUGUGGUUUAGGAGGGAAUGUCCACAUAAUUGGGACCAUUUCGGGGGUGUGUCGUUUCAGGAAAAGACAGAGGAGCACAACGGAUCGGUCACCGAUGAAGUGGUGUGCUCCAGCAUCAUGGGCUCUUCCAUCAGGUCCAAUGAGGCCUGGAAUGCAGCGGCUGAGGAGGCAGAACAAGCCGGCGCCGGCUACGUUCAGGAGACCAUCGUUCUAUACCUUGGCGUUUCAGUGACGUUGAUGUCACUGGCAUAUGCCUUCCAGGUGGCAGAGGGCCUCCGCAGGGGAGAGAACCACGUCAAGGAGGCAAAGGAGUAGCGGCGUUGUCCACGGCCUGCAGAACAUUGGAGCUGCGAACCAGGUCGCCAGCGAUGUUUUCGGUGAAAA